AUGCAACGUUUUGGUGUUGCAAAAACUAGCGUAAAGAACGAAAGUGAAAGUAAGUCAAUAUAUUCUUCACUUGCAUGCUCUCAGAAUGGCAAGUCAAGAUCUAUUGCAAAAAACUCUUUUAACCCAAGGCCUUCAACUAAGACAAAUUGCAACGCAAAAAUCAAUGUUACAGGUAAAGAGGAUAGGAAUUUCACCAUCACUGGUGUUUUUCUUGAUCAUAAUCAUGCAUUAAGUCCAAGUAAGGUACGGUACUUCAGAUGUGACAAGGCACUAGAUUCUCAUUUUAAGAGAAGAUUGGAAUUAAAUGACUUAGCAGGAAUAAAGUUGAAUAAAAAUUUUUAUGCACUUGCUGUUGAAGCUGGUAGCUAUGAAAAAUUAUCGUUUGAUGAGAAAGAUUGUAGAAAUUACAUAGCAAAAGCAAGACAAUUGAGACUUGGGAUUGGAGAUGCAGAAGCACUUUAG